AUGGCUUAUGACCGGUUCCUGGCCAUCCUCAGACCACUGCUCUAUGGAACCAUCAUGAGCCAGAAAUGUCGUGCUGAGAUGGUGGCUUCUGCCUGGGCGAGUGGGGCCAUCUACUCAGCCUUCCACACUUUCAACACCUUCUCCCUCCCCUACUGUGGACCCAAUAUUGUUGAGCAUUUCUUCUGUGACAUCCCUCCAGUCAUGAGACUGUCCUGCACUGAUUACCACCUCAAUGAGGAGGUGGGCUUUGCUGUCAGCAGCUGCAUUGUCAUGAGCUCCUUUGCCCUCACGGUCCUCUCCUAUGUAGGCAUCGUGUCCACAGUUGUUCGAAUCCCCUCAGUGGAUGGCAGGAGGAAGGCCUUUUCCACCUGCUCCUCUCACCUGACCACAGUCAUCUUGUUUUAUGGAACUGGAAGCUUCAUGUACCUGAGGCCUGCCUCUCGGUACUCCCCGACCCAGGGUCGCCUGGCAUCUAUUUUCUACUCUGUCCUCACUCCUUCUUUGAAUCCGGUUGUCUAUUGUCUGAGAAACAAAGAUAUGAAGUUUGCUCUGCAGAAACUUUAUUGCAGAAGAAAGUACUGA